ACUCAACGAAAGCAGUGAAGUGCGCUCAAAACAGUUUUAAGUGAAAAUGCUAGAAGUGUCAAUUAAACUAACAUGAAAAUGUAUAGAAAGUUGUUCUGGACGCUCAUACAUGGCUUUGCUAUGCUGCCUACUAUUGCUGUAAGGGAUUCUCACGUGGUGAACCGCAAACUGAUAGACGUCCCUCAGUUCGAGAGACCCAUCGGCAACCACACCUUCCACAUAGGCAAGGAGGCUGUUCUUGGAUGCUCUGUCAUCAACUUAGGGAAGCAUAAGGUGGGCUGGCUUCGAGCAGAAGACCAGACAGUCCUAUCCCUGAACGACCGAGUGGUCCUAAGUCCUCGGUACUCCGUGAAUCUGGAUACUCCGAGUACUUGGCAGUUAAGGAUUAGACCGCUGAGGGCUGAGGACCGCGGCUGCUACAUGUGUCAGAUCAAUACCCAGCCUAGUAUGAAGUGGCAGAUUGGUUGUAUCGAUGUUUAUGUACCACCUGACAUCAUAAACGAAGAAACAUCAGCAGAUGUUUCAGCCCAGGAGUUGGAUAACGUGACACUCAUCUGCAGAGCAUCAGGACACCCGCCUCCGAAGAUCACGUGGAGACGUGAGGAUCACGAGCCUAUGUUGCUGAAGAAAGUCGGGAGCAGGGAUUUUUAUAAAGUGGAGAGCUUCGUGGGCAGCUCGCUGCCACUGUGGCGCGUAGACCGGCGGCAGAUGGGCGCAUUCCUGUGCAUCGCCGCCAACGACGUGCCGCCUGCCGUCAGCAAGCGCAUCAUACUUAAUGUUAACUUUUCCCCAACCGUGAUAGUGCCGAAUCAACUGUUGGGCGCCCCGCUCGGCACUGAUGUGGUGUUGGAGUGCACGGUGGAAGCUUUCCCCAACACCAUCAACUACUGGCUCAAGAAUCGAGGGGAGAUGCUGCUUGAUGGGCCAAAGUACGAGAUAAGUGAAGAACGUUCAUCAUACAGAGUGAUGAUGAAGCUGACCAUCAGACACUUUUCUAGAAGUGACAUCGGUACUUACAACUGUGUGAGCACCAACUCGCUCGGCAAGAGUGAGGGCACGCUCAGACUUUAUGAAAUAAAACUAUACCCCAGUUCCCAAUCGGCUGCCGAAGUUAACAUAGGCGGUCUCACAGAAGGAGCAGUGAAACAAAAAACUGCAUUCAAUAAUUCAGUCAAUUUGUUAUCAAGGACGGUCAAUGUAAUAGUGUUGUUAUUAGCAUUAAUAAUAAUAACAUCUUAGGAGCUUAUUGUUGUAAUAAAAGUUAAUGUAAAUAUGUAAAUAAAUAAUUCAGCAAGGCCAUUAUUGUAAGCGUUGUUAUUUUACUAUCAAAUAAUAACAUUAAUUUUGUAAAAAAACAUUGUUAUAAUUUUUUCACAAGACAUUGCCCAAUUUUUAUCAUUUUUCACUUCAUUAUUCUGAAAUAUGCAAAAAAUCACGAUAAAAUUUUGUAUCAUAAAAUCCUACUCAGAACGAUAUUUAUUUUGUUUCCAAUUAUUUUCGAAACAUGACGUAUCCUUUAGGUGUUAAAAAUAGUAAACCUUGUAUCCUACAAAUUAAGUACUGUUAUCCAAAACCUGAUUAUUGUAAACAAUUAUGCCAUUAAACAUUUUAGAACAAA